CUGUGGUGGUUGGUUUUCCGAAAAGAAAAAGUCUCCCACGGAUCCUGCCAGAGCUGCAGUACGGUGCGGUGGCAUCUAUACCGUCGAGCCGAUAUAAGAAUUGUUUCUCUGAUUGAGAACUUUUUCGGGCAUCCGGCGCCAGAUAGAAAAGCAAACUACCAAUACUCAGGAAAGCAAAAUGUCGGACACAGAGGUCGUUGAACCGAAAAAGGCUCGAGGCCGCCCCGCCAACCCCGAAAAGAAUAGCGUCGCUCCGAAAAAGAGAGCACGCGCCGCUUCGCCCAAGGAUAAAGCCGAGGAGAAGGAAAAGGACAAGGCGCUUGCUUCGGACGAAGAGCCAUCGGCGAAACGCGGCCGGGGUAGGCCGAAAGUUGCCGCGAAAAAACCACCAAAGGCCAAAAAACCGGAAGCCAAAAAGGGUCGCGGUAGAGGUAAAAAAAAGCCCGCUAAGAACGAGUCCAGCGAAGAGGAAAACGAUGACGAGGACGAAGAGGAGAACGACAGUGAGGACAACGAGGAGAAUGAUGAAUCCGAUUCCUAAAUAUGUUUUCCAGUUGCAUUUAUUGAGCCACCGCAGAUUCAGUACGAAUUUUGUAUCAACAAAAGAAACAGAAAAAGAAACAUUUCCACUAACAAAUAAAAUACAAUCUAAACUUACGCAUCGUUCAGUACUUGCCAUUGUCAACACAACAUUUAUGUGUAUUUCAUGUGACUCAAUCUAAAUUAUGUACCGUGAUUAUAACGAAAAACAAAGAUAUGAAGAGACAACAGUUUAGAAAUACACCCUUUCGGCAUUAGUAGUGAAAUACAACCAACUGAGUUACACAAACAAGAAAAUUGUAUU